AUGCCUCAACUCUAUGAAACACGGGACUCAAUCCACGACAUCUGGGGGCCUCGCACUCCCUACAAGCAUGAAUGGCCCGUCCGAUGCGAUGAACACUUGAUUGACACCCCGGAGAAGUGGGUGCAGAGUGCUUGUGUCUUGUGUAGUAAUGGUUGCGGGAUGGAUGUCGGAGUCAAAGAUGGGAAGAUAGUCGGGGUCCGCGGUCGCGUCAGUGACCGCGUGAACAAGGGCAGGCUCGGUCCUAAGGGACUGCAUGGGUGGACCUCGAUUGAUCAUCCCGAUCGGCUGCAAUGGCCGCAGAUCCGACGCAAUGGCAAGCUCGAACGGACCACCUGGGAGGAGGCGAUGGAGUUGAUUGUGCAGCGGACGCAGGAGAUCCGGUCACGGCUGACGAAUCAUGGCAUUGGGUUCUAUACCUCUGGCCAGUUGUUUCUGGAGGAGUAUUAUGUGUUGGCGAUGGUGGGGAAGGCGGGGUUGCAUACUUUGCAUAUGGAUGGCAAUACCCGGUUAUGUACGGCCACCGCAGCUGCUUCUAUGCGGGAGUCAUUCGGAUCGGACGGUCAGCCGGGUUCGUACUCCGACGUCGAUUAUACACACUGCCUGUUUCUGGUGGGACAUAAUGUCGCCCAUACCCAGACUGUGCUCUGGUCGCGUAUCCUCGAUCGACUAGAGGGUCCAGACCCGCCAAAGGUGAUCGUGGUGGAUCCGCGACAGUCAGAGACAGCAAAACGGGCCACAGUCCACCUCGCUCCAAAGGUCGGGACUAACCUCGCCCUCCUCAACGGCAUUCAGCACCUCCUCUUCAAGAACGGCUGGAUCAAUACGGACUACGUCGGAAAGCAUGUCAUUGGCUUGGAGGAGCUGCAGAAGACGGUGGAGAAGUACCACCCAGAGUACGUGGAAAGCAUCACCGGAGUACCAACGUGCCAGUUAGAGGAGGCGGCUCGCAUCAUCGGCACGACAGAAACCCUCCUGUCGACCGCACUGCAAGGCGUCUACCAAUCCAACCAGGCUACCGCGAGCGCAUGCCAAAUCAACAACAUCAAUCUCCUGCGCGGGCUGAUUGGCAAACCCGGCUCCGGCAUCCUGCAGAUGAAUGGGCAGCCGACCGCCCAGAACAAUCGCGAGACGGGCUGCGAUGGGGAGUUUCCGGGGUUCCGCAAUCACCAGAACGAGGCUCAUAUGCAGGAAAUUGCGGAUUACUGGAAUAUCCCCUACAUCCAAAUGCCGCAUUGGACGUUACCCACCCACAUCGAGAAUAUGCUGAAGUAUAUUGAAGACGGCAGCAUCGAGAUGCUGUGGGUCUCGGGCACGAACCCGAUGGUCAGCCUGCCACAUUUGCCCAAAGUGCGGAGGCUAUUGACUCGCCCAGGCCUGUUCUUGGUGUGUCAAGACAUUUUUCCCACCGAGACGACGGCGGUGGCCGAUCUGGUCCUCCCAGCCGCACAGUGGUCGGAAAAGACGGGGUGUUUCACCAACGCGGAUCGGACGAUGCACCUGGCGCAGAAGGCCGUCGAGCCCCCGGGCGAAGCGCGGUCGGAUUUGGAAAUUUUUCUCGAUUUCGCCCGGCGCAUGGAAUUCAAGGAUAAGGAGGGCAAUCCGCUGUGUCCGUUCACCGAGUCCGAAGAGGUGUUCGAGGCAUGGAAGAGGAUGUCGUUCGAUCGGCCGUGCGACUGCAGUGCUUUAUCCUACGCGAAGCUGCGAGGGGGUUCGGGGAUCACCUGGCCCUGUACCGCGGACUACCCGAUGGGACGAGAGCGGCUGUUCGAUGACGGCAAGUUCUUCACCGAUGAGGACUACUGUGAGAGCUAUGGACAUGACCUGGAAACUGGCGCGCCUCUUACUAAGGCCCAGUACACAGCGAUGGCACCGGCCGGACGCGCGAUUCUGAAGUCUGCCCACUUUCACCCCUCGCUGGAAGAGCCAGACUUCGAAUUCCCCCUGCGCCUAGCGACGGGUAGAAAUGUGUAUCAAUUCCAUACGAGAACUAAGACAGGCCGCAAUCGGCGCCUACGGCAAGCCUAUUCGGAGCCCUCCGUGCAAGUUUCGUCUGCUGAUGCCCGGGCGCUUCACCUGAGUGAGGGGGAGAUGGUGGAGGUCAUAUCGCGCCGGGGCCGGGUUCAUUUACCGGUUGCGAUCGGGGAUAUUGAAGACGGUCAUGUGUUUAUCACGUUUCACUUUGGGGAUCUGGAUAGUGAUGGACGUGCUCGUGCGGCUAAUGAGCUGACCAUAGAGCAGUGGGAUCCCAUUUCCAAACAACCCAUGUUCAAGUCCGGUGCGGUCAGGAUUGAAAAAUGUGUGCAGAAAGAAGGGGAAGAGGGUAUCUUCGCAAAGGAAGCACUUACGGCCACAAAGGCAAAGAAGGAAGAGAGCAGCCGCCGCAAAGGAAGCCGCAAAGACGAAGGCGAGCGCAAGCGUCGGUUGGAGCUGUGGCUCGGCGCGACGGAGGAAGCUGUCAUCAAGUUAAUGGAGCUGUAUGAACAUCUUGUACCCCGGCUGGUGCAUGACUUCGAAGUUCAAGCGGGCCUGCAAAUCAUGAAGCGGCUCACACAGGAUAUGCUUGAGCGAUUACAGCCAGAAGUCAAUAAAUACUACGAAAGCCGACAAUAUGGACGAGCAACAGCCCAACGCCUGGUAGACGCGAUGUUCCCUACGACUGAGGCUAGCGAUCCGUACGAGGCACUUGCAGCUCUUCAGUCAUUAAAGUUAUUCCUCACCUACAUUGAGGAUCAUUUGACCGCACUGCUCCCCGCCAGUCAAGCUCUAUGGGAUACAGAUCUUGUCGCGGCUGUCACGGAUAGUCUGAGCAAUAUUCAGCGACAGAAGGCGUGGAUAGCGCAGCAGAUCAAGGUUAAAAGCCCACAAACAUUGCUGGUCCCCAUGGUGCUUCCCGAGGAGUUGCAUCAACCAGACUCGAGUCUAGCUGGAACCCUGCGGUGUUGA